CGGAUACCCAGUGUAUCGACGAAGAGAGAAUGGUCGAGUUAUUCGAAAGGGUCGAUAUGUCAUUGAUAACAGAUUUGUUGUUCCUUACAAUCGUUAUCUACUUUUAAAAUACAAUGCUCAUAUCAAUGUUGAAUGGUGCAAUCAAUCUCGGUCCAUUAAAUAUCUCUUCAAGUAUGUCAACAAGGGUCAGGAUCGGGUCACCGCGAGCUUAUACGAUGGUGAUGCAGAUGUCUCAUCAGGUUGCGUGGACGAGAUAAAAAAUUAUUAUGAUUGUAGGUAUCUGUCAUCAUGUGAGGCUGCAUGGAGACUGUUUGCCUUUGACAUUAGUCAUAGGGAACCUUCAGUGGAGAGGUUACCCUUUCACUUGCCAGAAGAGCAACAAGUUUUAUUUGAUGAAGGGGAUUCACUUGAGCAAAUUUUGCAAACACAUGAAACAAAGGGUACCAAGUUCCUUGCGUGGAUGGCCGCAAAUGAAAAGUACCUUGAAGCAAGAAGCUUAACUUAUGCUCAAUUUCCUUCAGCGUUUGUUUGGAAACAAAAAACACGUGAGUAUUGCCCUAGAAAAAGGGGACAUUCGAUUGGCAGGUUGCAUUUUGUUCCUCCUGGAAGUGGUGAAUUAUAUUAUUUGCGGACUUUGUUAAACUAUGUUACGGGUCCAAGGUCCUUCAUUGAUAUCAGAACCAUUAACGAUAUUAUUUAUCCGACAUUUAAGGAUGCAUGUUAUGCUUUGGGGCUCUUGGAUGAUGAUAAAGAGUACAUCGAUGGUGUUACGGAGGCAAGUCGCUGGGGUACUGCCCAUUUCCUGAGGAGGCUUUUGGUCGUGCUACUGUUAUCUAGCCAACUAGGCCGACCUGAAUUCGUUUGGGAAAAAACUUGGAAACACUUGAGCGAUGAUAUCCAAUAUAGACAACGGUUAAUCCUUCGCUUUCCAGAUUUGAUUUUGUCAGAGGAUGAGUUAAAAAAAUUAACUCUUGCCGAGAUUGAUAAAUUGUUGCGUAGAAAUGGCAAGAGUUUACGUGAUUUUCCAACAAUGCCUCAGCCAGACCCGUCAUUACUUUCUGAAUCACAGAAUAGGCUAUUGUUUGAUGAAUUGAACUACGAUAGGACGGCAUUAGCAGCAGAGCACAUUCAAUUAAUGUCCACCAUGACUUCUGAACAAAGACAUAUAUAUGACACAAUCAUGCAAGGUGUUGAGGCUGAUACUGGGGGUUUGUUUUUCCUUUAUGGAUAUGGUGGAACAGGUAAGACCUACAUAUGGAGGGCUAUAGCUGCACGCAUACGAUCUAAAGGAGAAAUAGUAUUGAUUGUGGCAUCAAGUGCAUUAGCUGCUUUGCUUAUCCCGGGCGGCCGAACGGCUCAUUCUAGAUUUGCCAUUCCUAUUGAUGUUAAUGAAGAUUCCACUUGCAAUAUUAAGCAAGGUAGUCCGUUGGCUGAAUUGAUAAUAAAAUCUAAACUUAUCAUAUGGGACGAAGCUCCAAUGGCUCACAAACAUUGCUUCGAAUCCGUUGAUAGGACAUUUAGAGACAUACUUCGGUUUAGCAAAGGUGAUAGUUUGGAACGCCCUUUUGGAGGGAAGGUUGUUGUUUUUGGAGGUGAUUUUAGACAAAUACUCCCGGUCAUACCAAAGGCGACGCGGCAGCAAGUGGUUCAAGCUACAAUAAAUGCGUCAUACCUUUGGCAGUUUUGUCGGGUCCUUACACUGACAAAAAAUAUGAGGUUAGAGAGUGGUUCUCAGGACUGUGAUGUUGAUUCAGUCAAGCAAUUUUCUGAAUGGACACUCAAAGUUGGAAAUGGAGAUUUUAGCGAUGUAAUUAACGAAGAAGAUGUUAUUGAUAUUCCAGAUGACAUGCUCAUUACCAAUACAGGUGACCCUCUUGCGUCAAUUGUUGAAAGCACUUACCCUUCUUUGUUGGAAAAUAUGAAUGACCCGACAUUUUUUCAGCAUCGGGCUAUAUUGGCACCGAGGAAUGAUGUAGUUGAUCUUAUAAAUGAUUACAUGAUAUCAUUGAUCCCCGGAGAGAUGAAAACGUAUUUGAGUUUUGAUCGUCCGUGCUCUCUAAAUGGUACUCUUGGCAGCCCUGAUGAUAUCCACACACCAGAGUUUCUAAACUCUAUUAAUGCAUCUGGGAUACCAAAUCACAAAUUGUGCCUCAAGGUUGGUGUUCCAAUUAUGUUAAUGAGGAAUAUAGACCAAUCUAAUGGUUUGUGCAAUGGUACACGACUAAUUGUUACUCAAAUGGGUACUCAUAUUUUGGAGGCAAAGGUUAUAACCGGUUCUAGGAUUGGGGAAAAGGUUUUUAUUCCUAGACUAUCUUUGAUCCCGUCCGAUAGCCGAAUUCCUUUUAAGUUUCAACGCCGACAAUUCCCUGUGGUUGUGUCUUUUGCAAUGACAAUAAACAAAAGUCAAGGACAAUCACUAAAACAGGUCGGCCUUUAUCUUCCCAAACCGGUUUUUUCCCAUGGCCAACUGUAUGUUGCCAUCUCAAGGGUGACCUCAAGGAAAGGAUUAAAAGUUCUCAUAUGUGACGAAGAAGGUGGCACGACAAAAACCACUAAGAAUGUGGUUUAUAAAGAAGUGUUUCGAAAUUUAUCAUAGCAUAUUGAGGGUGCGAAUGCUGAUACAUUCAUCUUGCAAAGGAGCUCAAAAGAACUGCAAAUGCAAUAUAGUCUGCAAUUCGUCUCCGAAGCAUCUACCAACAAGAUGAGCAAGAUAUCAAUAAUCAAGAAGGUCC